CUCUCCGACUGGGUCAUCUAUGGUGUUUUCCAGAACAAGCUUCAAAUCCUCGAACUCAAAGCGGAGAAUUCUCCUUCAGUGUCAGUAGGAUCGAACCUUCCUGUAUCUCUGUCUGAAUUCAAUAAAAAAAGAAUGCAGAGUAAGCUUCGUGUCAGCAAGCUUGUCUCUUUUUUCUCACCCAAAAGAUUCUGCGAACGGCGGUUUCUGAUGCCCAGCAACGCUCUGUCCGUGGCGGCUGAGUCUCCGGUCCCCGUUGACUCGUCCGACUCGGCCGAGUCUCCGGAGCUGCCGUCUUGGGUAACAGACUUCCUCGCGAACCGAUCUUCUGCAACCGCGGUCUCGGAAGAUGAAGACUUUGUGAUCCCUUCGCUCGCCAGCUGGGUCGAAAGCCAGAGGCUUGAAGAUGGACGAAGUCCGUGGCAAGUCGCCGGGGAAAAACCCGUAUCAGAUACCGAUAAAGUCGGGGAAUUUCUGAAGAAGAUGUAUCCAUUCACUGAUGAUUACGUCGAAGAGCUAAAAGGGUGUGAUGUGGUUGUAUCGGAUGAUUUGGUUUCGCAGGUUUUGAGGAGGUUUAGCAAUGAAUGGGUUCGAGCAUAUGGGUUUUUCACUUGGGCAAAAUCACAAACGGGUUAUAGGCAUUCACCAGAAACAUACAACGCCAUGGUUGAUGUCCUGGGGAAGUGCAGAAAGUUCGAUUUGAUGUGGGAAUUAGUCGAAGAGAUGAAUUCAGAGGCCGGAUUCAUCACACUCGACACCAUGAUCAAGGUUAUGAGGAGAUUGGCGAAAGCUAGGCAAUACAGUGAAGCUAUUCAGGCUUUUCAAGGAAUGGAGAGAUAUGGCGUGAUGAAGAACACCAAAGCUCUGAACCUUUUGAUGGAUACACUUGUGAAGGAGAACAGCGUAGAGCAUGCUAACGAAGCUUUUCUCGAGCUUAACGAUUCAUUCCCGCCGAAUGUAGCUACAUUCAACAUUUUGAUUCACGGUUAUUGUAAAGCUAGGAAAUUUGAUGAUGCUCGGAGGAUGAUGGACGAGAUGAGGAAACACGGGUUUCUCCCGGAUGAAGUCUCCUACACAAGUUUUGUCGAAGGGUAUUGCCGGGAGAAAGAUUUUAGGAGAGUGUAUGAAAUCUUGGAAGAAAUGCAAGAGAAUGGGUGUAGAUCUAAUUCUGUAACUUACACAAUUGUGAUGCAUGCUUUAGGCAAAGCUAAGCAAGUAGGAGAGGCAUUAGGGAUAUACGAGAGGAUGAAACAAGAGGGAUGUGUCCUAGAUGCUAUGUUCUAUAGCUCGUUGAUACAUAUCCUGUCCAAAACUGGCAGGUUUAAGGAUGCAACUGAAAUAUUCGAAGACAUGACAAAACAAGGAGUUCCUCGAGAGGUUUUGACCUACAAUACGAUGAUUACUGCUGCUUGUGAUCACUCCCAAGAAGAGAUGGCUAUAGGUUUGCUUAAACGGAUGGGGGAAGAAUCAUGCGGACCAGACAUAGACACUUAUGCUCCAUUGCUGAAAAUGUGUUGUCAGAAGAAGAGGGUGAAGCUGUUGAGGCUUCUGCUGCAUCACAUGGUGAAAAACAAUGUCAGUAUCGGUGUUGCUACUUAUAUUCUCCUUAUCAGAGGGCUGUGUAGAAGCGGAAAGCUUGCAGAAGCUUGUUCCUUCUUUGAGGAGGCAGUGUUGAAAGGAAUGGUUCCUAGAGACAGCACCUGCAGAAUGCUGUUGGAGGAGCUUGAGAGGAAAGGUAUGACAGAAGACAAAAGCAAGAUUCAGACUUUGAUGUCUCAAUUGAAAGUGACGGUGGAUUAACCAGACGAGAGAGAUUGUAUCUCUGUUAAGUUUUUUGAAUGAGAAAAUUUAUUGCCAGAAUUGAAAGCAAUUGUGGCAACUUGAUGAAUGGUUUGACUUUCAUUUGUUGAUGAAGCAAAGUACAUAAAUUGUAACUUUUGAUUUGUGAUUU